AUGGCGGAAAUCGAGAACCGUGGUCCGCAGCUGGUGGCCGUCGGCAUCACUCUCGUUACCACAGCUUUUCUAGCAGUUCUCCUCCGAUGCUAUGUCCGAUUCAGCCUUGUCAAGAAUUUUGGGGUCGACGAUUGGUUUAUGCUUGGUGCUGUUAUAUUUUUCAUUCUCUUCGUAUCAUGCGCACUGACGGGCGUACACUAUGGAACUGGUCGUCACCGCAAGGAUCUCAGCGAUGAGGACUGGGAGUCUGCUAUGAUGUAUUGGUGGUACUGCUACCUUUGGUACUGUCUAGCCAUGAUCGCCUCUAAAAUCUCCAUCGGCUACUUCCUCCUCCGAAUAACAGUGCGAAAGGUCGACAUUUGGAUCAUCUACAUUGUGAUGAUGUUGACGGUCUGCACCGGCGUCGUCUUCUUCUUUGUAACUCUCUUGCAAUGUCUACCGAUCUCUUACUUUUGGAACAAGAGCACCCAGGAGGGGCACUGUGUCCCAAUGGAUGUCAUCAUCGCUCUCACCUUCCUCUACAGCGCAUUCAGUGUCAUCUGCGACUUUACCUUUGCCAUUUUGCCCAUCGUUCUUAUCUGGAAAUUGAAGAUGGACCGCAAGACCAAGUUGGCGCUCGUGCCUGUCAUGGCCAUGGCCUGCAUUGCCAGCGCCGCUGUCGUUGUGCGCAUGCCGUUUGUCAAGGACUUCAAGAAUCCAGACUUCCUUUUUGACAUCGCGAUCUGGUCCACCACCGAGCAGGGCCUGGCGAUCACCGCAGGCAGCCUUGCAACCCUCCGCCCACUAUUCCGGCUCGUAGGAUACCGACUUGGCUUCACCUCCAUGGGCCCCUCCCAACUCCACGACUCCGAACGCGGUGCCCCGUCCGCCAUGGGCGGCAAAAUUAAGAACGUCAGCAAUAGCAGUUCGAGCCAUCAACGACGUGGGCCCUUCAGUCUCACCACUUUCAUGUCUAAGGAUGACGAAGAGAGCCACGAGAUGGGCAGCAGCGAGUCAGACCGGAAUCAACAACACAAACCGUCAAGCAAGCGCGCUCGCGGCUGGGAGUCGACGGGGAGGCGUGACAACGAAAGCGAAACCGAACUAACCUUCGAAGCCUCUAAGGAAUCGGCAGGAAGCGACCGCGAUAACAUUGUCGUCGUCCAGACGUUUUCUUUACGGGAAGACCGGGUAUAG